CAUCCUUUCAUUUUGAUAUGCAAACAUAUAUGCUUGACGCCGAGUCAUAUGCUGGCCUCAGUUUUAAAUGCCAAGCACAGGAUAUGCAUGUAUCCAUGUAUAAAACUGAAGAGCUUUUGAUUCGAUAAGAAAAACACAUUAGGCCUUAGCCCUCUCUUGAAUUGCAAUGAUGAGAUUCAUCUCACUCACCACUACGAUGUCUGCCGCAGUGAUAGCUGGGACAGCUACUGCACAACAGAUCAUCGGCCACCGCUGCACACAAGCAAACCACGCGGAGCGCGGAACGAUCAUAGGUCAAAAACAUAGUCCCGAGCUUGCAGUGCGUGCUUUUGUUCCGGGCCGAGUAUCCUGCGCACACGAAUUAUCCUGCCGCCCACAAAAGUACUGCAAGUUCUUGCAGUUUAUGUCAAUGACCUAUGGACAUUGAAAUUACUGGUAUGUCAUUAUGUAGAUUGUGUACCAGUGAUUUAAAGUCUCGUUCU